AGUGGGGAACCGGGCGCAGGAACUGCCGCGGCGACCGGGAGUGGUGCUGCCCGGACGGGGGCCCACGGGGGUCAGUGGGGGCGCAGGACUCGGGAGCUGACAGCGCACACUUCACCCGCAGUUGAGAAGAGAGCUCGUUGAGCUGGAACCCCACAGAUCACCAGUAAAAAUGAAGGCGGCUGAUGAGCCUGCCUACCUGACAGUGGGAACUGAUGUCAGUGCCAAGUACCGAGGUGCCUUCUGUGAGGCAAAAAUUAAGACUGUAAAAAGGCUGGUAAAAGUAAAGGUACUCCUGAAACAGGAUAAUACUACACAAUUGGUGCAAGAUGACCAAGUGAAAGGUCCUUUAAGAGUUGGAGCUAUUGUUGAAACAAGGACAUCUGAUGGAUCCUUUCAGGAAGCUAUUAUCAGCAAAUUGACAGAUGCUAGUUGGUAUACUGUAGUGUUUGAUGAUGGUGAUGAGAGAACAUUGAGGCGCACUUCACUCUGCCUGAAAGGAGAAAGGCAUUUUGCUGAGAGCGAGACACUUGAUCAACUUCCAUUAACAAAUCCAGAGCAUUUUGGAACACCAGUAAUUGCAAAGAAGACAAACAGAGGAAGGAGGUCCUCUCUUCCAAUUACUGAAGAUGAAAAGGAAGAAGAGAGUAGUGAAGAGGAAGAUGAAGAUAAGCGACGUCUCAAUGAUGAAUUAUUAGGAAAAGUUGUAAGUGUGGUGUCUACAUCUGAGAAGACUGAAUGGUAUCCUGCUUUGGUUAUUUCUCCCAGCUGUAAUGAUGAUGUCACAGUGAAAAAAGACCAAUGUCUAGUUCGAUCAUUUGUUGAUUCGAAAUUUUACUCUAUAGCAAGAAAGGAUAUCAAGGAAGUAGACAUUCUCAAUCUACCAGAAUCGGAACUCUCUGAUAAACCAGGACUACAGAAAGCAAGCAUUUUCUUAAAAACUAGAGUUGUUCCUGAUAAUUGGAAAAUGGAUAUAAGUGAAAUUCUUGAAUCAUCCAGUAGUGAUGAAGAAGAUGGCCCGGCUGAAGAAAAUGAGGAAGAGAAGGAAAAGGAGGCCAAAAAGGAAGAAGAAGAAGUGCCUGAGGAAGAACUCGAUCCUGAAGAGAGGGACAACUUCCUCCAACAGCUCUAUAAGUUUAUGGAAGACAGAGGUACUCCAAUCAACAAACCACCUGUUUUGGGCUAUAAAGAUCUCAAUCUCUUCAAACUCUUUAGACUGGUUUAUCAUCAAGGUGGAUGUGACAAUAUUGAUAGUGGUGCUGUAUGGAAGCAAAUUUAUAUGGACCUUGGCAUUCCUAUUUUGAAUUCUGCUGCUUCCUACAAUGUAAAAACUGCUUAUAGAAAGUAUCUCUAUGGUUUUGAGGAGUAUUGCCGUUCUGCAAAUAUUCAAUUCAGAACUGUUCAUCACCAUGAACCAAAAGUAAAAGAGGAACAAAAAGACUUAGAAGAAUCAAUGGAAGAAACUCUAACAGUAGAUCAAGAAAUGCCUUUAGUAGAAGUGAAGAGUGAACCUGAAGAAAAUAUUGAUUCAAACAGUGAAAGUGACAGAGAAGAAAUAGAAUUAAAAUCACCAAGGGGAAGAAGGAAAAUUGCUCGAGAUGCAAAUUCUAUUAAAAAGGAAAUUGAAGACGAGAAAACAGAAGACAGAUUAAAAGAUAAUGAUACAGAAAAUAAGGAUGUAGAUGAUGACUAUGAAAGUGCAGAGAAAAAAGAAAAUGAGCUACUACUGGGAAGGAAAAAUACACCAAAGCAAAAGGAGAAGAAAAUGAAAAAGCAGGAGGAUUCUGACAAAGACUCAGAUGAAGAGGAAGAGAAAAGCCAAGAGAGGGAAGAAACUGAAAGCAAAUGUGACUCUGAAGGGGAGGAAGAUGAGGAAGACAUGGAACCUUGCCUAACAGGAACCAAAGUGAAAGUAAAAUAUGGACGAGGGAAAACGCAGAAAAUCUAUGAAGCCAGUAUUAAAAGCACUGAAAUUGAUGAUGGAGAAGUUCUAUAUUUGGUACAUUAUUAUGGAUGGAAUGUCAGGUAUGAUGAAUGGGUGAAGGCUGACAGGAUAAUAUGGCCUUUGGACAAAGGUGGACCAAAGAAAAAACAGAAGAAAAAAGUGAAAAAUAAAGAAGACAGUGAAAAGGAUGAAAAGAGAGAUGAGGAGAGACAGAAGUCAAAACGGGGACGACCUCCUUUAAAAUCUACCCUUUCAUCGAACAUGCUAUAUGCUUUGUCUAAGACUCCAAACAGUGAAGGAAAAUCAGACUCUUGUUCAUCUGAUAGUGAGACAGAAGACCUUUUGGAAAAGAAUUUAAUGAAUGAAGAACUUUCUCCUGAGAUUAAAGAAGAACUAGAAAAAAAUGAAAAUUUAAAUGAUGAUAAACUAGUUGAAGAAAAUCCAAAGAUUACUACACAUAUAUUAAAAGAAAAUGAUAGGACUCAAAUGCAGCCUUUAGAAACCUUGAAGUUAGAAGUUGGAGAGAAUGAACAAAUAGUACAAAUUUUUGGGAACAAAGUGGAACAAGUAGAAGAAGUUAAGAAAGAGGCAGAAAAAUCUCCCAAAGGAAAGGGAAGACGAAGCAAGACAAAAGAUCUUCCUUUAGAAAUUAUAAAGAUUUCAUCACUUAGCAGCCAAGAUGAAGCAGGAAAUGAACCACAUACAGAAGCUCAGAGUCUAGAAUUAUCUUCAUUAGACAGUAAAAGCUUUUCUUCUACUACUGAAGAUGAAAUUGAUCAGUGUGCAAAAGAAAAAAAGAUGAAACGGAAAAUACUAGGACAAUCAUCACCAGAGAAAAAAAUAAGAAUUGAAAAUGGAAUGGAAAUAACAAAUAGUGCAUCCCAAGAAAGGACUGGUGAUUGUGUUGCACCUGUGGGAACUAAAAACUUAAAUUUUGAACAACACUUUGAAAUAGAAAAUGAAGGAAUGCCGUCAUUAACAGCUGAGUCAAACCAAUGCACUCAAGAGUUAACUAGUGAAAAAUUUGAGAGUCCAGUAGAAGAAACAAUAAAUACUCCACUGAAAGAGGAAGAGGAUGCAAUGCCUCUGAUUGGACCCGAAACCUUGGUUUGCCAUGAAGUCGAUUUGGAUGAUUUGGAUGAAAAGGAUAAGACCAGUAUUGAAGAUGUAGUGGUUGAAAGUUCUGAGUCCAACUCUCUUGUUUCUAUUCCAUCUGCACUACCUUCUGCAGUACAGCAUAACUUUUCAGUAGCUUCACCACUUACUCUCAGUCAAGAUGAGUCUCGAAGUAUAAAAAGCGAGAGUGACAUAACCAUUGAAGUGGAUAGUAUAGCUGAAGAAUCACAAGAAGGUCUCUGUGAGAGGGAAUCAGCAAACGGGUUUGAAGCCAACGUUGCCUCUGGUACCUGUAGCAUAACUGUUCAAGAGAGAGAGAGCAGAGAAAAGGGUCAGAAAAGACCCGGUGAUGGAAAUAGUGGAUUACUGGCAAAAAAGCAAAAGCGUGCCCCAAAGCGAACAAGUGCUGUUGCCAAAAAUGAAAAAAAUGGGACAGGACAAAGCAGUGAUAGUGAAGAUCUUCCUGUUCUUGACAGUUCAAGUAAAUGUACACCAGUAAAGCAUCUUAGUGUAUCUAAGCCACAGAAACUUGUACGAUCUCCUGCAAGAAUAUCUCCUCACAUCAAAGAUGGAGAAAAAGAAAAACACAGAGAAAAACAUCCAAAUUCAUCUCCUCGGACAUAUAAAUGGAGCUUUCAACUCAAUGAAUUAGAAAAUAUGAACAGUACAGAGAGAAUCUCUUUUCUCCAAGAAAAACUACAGGAAAUCCGGAAAUAUUACAUGUCUCUGAAGUCUGAAGUUGCAACCAUCGACAGGAGGCGGAAAAGAUUAAAAAAGAAAGACAGAGAAGUGUCUCAUGCAGGAGCCUCCAUGUCAUCUGCUUCGUCAGACACUGGAAUGAGUCCCUCAUCUUCAUCUCCACCACAAAAUGUACUUGCUGUAGAAUGCAGGUGAUAAAUAUUUUCUCUGCCUCCCCAGCAGUUUGCUGCCAUGGACAUAAAUCCCCAAACCCUGAAAUACAACCACAGAAAAGCACUCAACUGGUCUGACAUUGCUAAGUAUAUCCUGAAUACUUUUCCAAGCUGGAUUGUAUCUACUCCCAUUUCUUUUUUUUCUGUUGCAAAAAAUAAGCUGAUUAAUAAUUGAAGGUUAGGCAACCUGCCAUAUUUGUCAUAAUUUUUCCUCUCUAAUUUUUUUUUUUCAUUUUUGUGAAGAUAGAAAAAGGGCACUUAGCAAAUUUGUAUUUGUAUAAUAAAGCUUUCAGGUAUUAUAGGAAUCAUAGACAAGCAAGUGCACAUGAUAAACAUCAAAAUAUUAUUCAGCUGAAUAGUUACUGCUGCACUUUCACUAAGAUGUAUUUGAACACUUGGUGAGUAGGGGGUUUAUGUUGUGUUUUUUUUUUUUUCUUAUUAUUGUUAGGUUGGGUGUUUUUUUGUUUUUGUUUUUGUUUUUUUCUUGUGGAAGCACUUGCUAUUUAGAACUGCCAAAGUAUAUGUUCAGCAGUGUGCCCAGGUUUAAAGGUGUAAAUGGGACAAAAUAAAUUGUGAAAGGAAGUGUAGUUGACUGAAAACUACAGUUGUAAUAAGUCUUCCACUUUUUAUAGGAUUUUUGAGCACACAAUUAUGCAAAUAUUUUAAUGUUUAUUAAUGUUUACAGUGGAAUUGUGAAUAAGUUUUCAGUGGACUAUCUUAUCCCUUGACAAAAAUAUUUUGUCUUUUUUCUAUGUAAUUUCAGAGUUUUUAUUUUGUUACAAAAAGACAAAAAUGAAAUAUAUAACAACAAUGAAGUUAUUUAACAAGAUUUCUAAAGCUGAAAAUUUUGUGUAAAAUAAGGUAUUAUCUUGCAACUUGUUAAAUAUAUUUAUUCAGACAUUGGA